AUGAUUUUGCAUUUUCGGGGAGGAGUAGUGUUUUGUUUACUAAUAGUUCUCCCUGUCAGCUCGGGCACACUGCUUUGGAUGGCUGUGCACAGCACAGCCAUCUACAGCAGUGUGCUUACAGUGAAGCACACAGGCACUGCCCCCUAGUAAAACACACCCUGCACACAGUUAACCCUUUGAGCACCCCUCAUGUUAACUCCUUCCUGUCCAGUGCCAUUAGUACAGUGUCAGUGUUUUUAUUUUAGCACUGAUCACUGUAUUGGUGUCACUGGGGAUGUCAGUGACACCAAGUCAGUUCCCCCCAGUGUCAGAAUGUCCAUCACAGUCGC